AUGUCAUUCACAAAAUUAGUGAAAGGUGCCACUAAGAUAAAAAUAGCCCCUCCAAAGGAAAAAUAUACUAUACCAAUUUUGUCGAAUAUAUCUAACGAAACAAAUUUUAUUGAAAUUAUAAAUUGUUUAAAUAAUAGAAUCAACAAUAACAAUAAUUCAUGGCCUAUAAUAUUUAAAUCCUUAGUUGUGUUACAUCUAAUUGCACAGGAAAAUGAAUCGAUGACAUUCUGCUACUUGGGAGAAAAUUUACCACAAUUUUUCAAUCUUUCAAAAAUCUUGAGAUCAAGUAAAUGGUCACAGAACGAUUUAAAAGCUUUAAGUAAUUAUAAUAAUUACUUAAAAACAAGAUGUAACGAAUAUAAUCAUUUGAAAAAUGAUUCAAAUAGAAUGGCAGAAGUGGAAUCUUUGGAAAAUCAAAUUAUCAGUUUAAUCAAAAAUAAGUAUUCAAGGAUGGAUUUAAGUAGUAACGAUUUAUUAUUUUUCACUUUUAGGCUUUUAGUUAAAGAUUUACUUCAUCUUUAUAAUAAGACAAACGAAAAUAUGAUCAAAUUAUUGGAAUCUUUCUUUGAAUUGGAAUAUAAAGAUGCAGAGAGAACUUUAAAUAUUUAUGAACAGUUUGUUGAAUUGACUGAAUAUGUGGUAAAGUAUUUAAAAGUUGCAAAGAGUGUAGGAUUAGAUAUACCUGUUAUUAAACAUAUUACAACAAAAUUAGUCGAUUCUUUAAAAAAUCAUCUAGAUAAUAGCGCCAAUACUCCAAGACAAAAGAAGAUAGAACCUGCUAUCAGGACAGGAAAAGAACCUGUAUCUCAGCAUAAACGGACCGUUUCCAUGGAAAGCACUUCCUUGGCACAACAUAAAUUGGAACAAAUAAGAGAACAAAAGAGAAUUCUACAGCAACAAUUAGAAAGUCAACAACAACUUCUUAUCACACCAACGUUACAACAACAGUCUACAAACCCAUUCACACCACAAGUUCAAUCAAAUGAAGUUUUUUCAUUCGAGAAUCCACAAGUCCAACAACAACCUACAAGUAAUCCCUUCCUAACGCAACAGCAACAGCAACAAAUUUAUACUUCGCAAACAAUGCCCCUACAAAAUGUUCAAACUGGUUACUAUUCCACAAAUUUACAAGUUACACCGACGUUCACCGGCGCAGGUUUCGGAGGAUAUACUGAAACACCUUCUAGUUCAAUGAUUCAAUCUCCAUCAUCAAUAGGAAAGUCCAAUAACCCAUUCGCUUUGAGUAAUAUUGCGGAAGAACCACAAUCACAACAGCAAUAUGUUGGCAGUACACUAGAUCCAGGUGCCGCCCAAGCUACUGGCGUAACAUACAUGGCAGUACCCGUCCAAUUUACAUACAAUCCGUUUCAACCACAACAAGGAAACCAACAGAACGGUAACAAUCAUCUUCUCGACAUAUAA